GCUUUUUGGCGCACGCGCAGUAUGCGUAGUUGGGGAAUUCAUGUGGAGGUCAGAGUGAAAGCAGGUGUGAGUGGGUCCAACUGAAGGAAAAAUGGCUGCUAAAGUGUUUGAGUCCAUCGGCAAAUUUGGCUUGGCCUUAGCGGUUGCAGGAGGCGUGGUGAACUCUGCCUUAUAUAAUGUGGAUGCUGGGCAUAGAGCUGUCAUCUUUGACCGAUUCCGUGGAGUGCAGGACAUUGUGGUAGGGGAAGGGACUCACUUUCUCAUCCCUUGGGUGCAGAAACCAAUUAUCUUUGAUUGCCGCUCUCGACCACGGAAUGUACCAGUCAUCACUGGUAGCAAAGAUUUGCAGAAUGUCAACAUCACACUGCGCAUCCUCUUCCGGCCUGUCGCCAGCCAGCUUCCUCGAAUCUACACCAGCAUCGGCGAGGACUACGACGAGCGCGUGCUGCCGUCCAUCACCACGGAGAUCCUCAAGUCGGUGGUGGCUCGCUUUGAUGCUGGAGAACUGAUCACCCAAAGAGAGCUGGUCUCCAGGCAGGUGAGUGAUGACCUCACAGAGCGAGCAGCAACCUUUGGGCUCAUCCUGGACGACGUGUCCUUGACACAUCUGACCUUCGGGAAGGAGUUCACAGAAGCUGUGGAAGCCAAACAGGUGGCUCAGCAGGAAGCAGAGAGGGCCAGAUUUGUGGUGGAAAAGGCUGAGCAGCAGAAGAAGGCAGCCAUCAUCUCUGCCGAGGGCGACUCCAAGGCAGCCGAGCUGAUCGCCAACUCCCUGGCCACUGCGGGGGACGGCCUCAUCGAGCUGCGCAAGCUCGAGGCUGCCGAGGACAUCGCGUACCAGCUCUCUCGCUCCAGGAACAUCACCUACCUGCCGGCCGGGCAGUCCGUACUCCUGCAGCUGCCCCAGUGAGGCCCGCCCUGCCUGAGCCUCCUCGGCUCCCGACCUCCGGGCCACAGCCCUGAUGGUUCUGAACACCACCACCGUCCUCCUGUCCCCACCUCAGAAAUCACUGUGAAAUUUCAUGAUUGGCUUAAAGUGAAGGAAAUAAAAUCAAAUCACUACAGAUACCUAAUUAUCAAAUGAAACUUUCAUUGCUCCCAUAUCCAUCUGCCUUUUCAGACACUUUCCUACCCAUGAUUGCCAGGUGCUGACACAGAGUGGCUUUUGGGCCCUUCUGGGCCUGCUGGCACUGCGGCUUAGGCACUGGCAAUUGGCAAAAGAAAGGGCAGGGCAGUGUGCACUGUGGUCGCAGAGCACAGCUGGCAGCCCAAGCAGACCUGUAGCCCCCGCCCCCCCCCCCCUCCCGUGAUUCCUUGAAGAUUUGAGGACAGUGGCACCUGCAGCAGCGCCAGGAAGGCAGCCCCGUUUUCCCAGCCCUCCAAGCACAGAUGCAGCUGCAGGGGCUCAUAGAGGAAGUGCUCCGUCUUAACCGUAGGGCGGACUCCCUCUAACUGCGACCGACCGGCGGAAGCAGGUGUGUGUGAAAGGGCACAGGAUGAUGAAUCUGCCCCUGCUGAGGUGGGUGGGCUUGAUUUUGCUGCCCCCCAGAGUCCUAAAGCUGGGAUGGACUUGGAUAGUACGAGGGGCCUGGACUGAGAUGUGAGUCCUAUAGAAGACUUCCUGUCCACACACACACACACACACCCCAACCUUGGUCCUCAAAUACCCAAAGGGAUUCCGACUUGAAGAAUUGCAUCCUGCCGGGGCCAAACACCUGCCAAGGACGUGUGCACCCUGCCUGCCUCGCUCCCUCGCCAGAGACUGCCCGUCCUUGGGCCUGUGUGCUGCUGCUCCAAGGAAGCAUUUGUGGGAAGAAAACGUGAAAACUGCUGUCAAUAAAAUGACACCCAGACCGUC